CUAACCUAAAUCACUUUUCUCUGUAAUCCGUGCCUAACCCUAAAUUUAUCUGGUAUUUUGGUAAUGUAAUUGUAAACAAAACAUCCCAAAAAUAUCUACAUAUCUUAUUGGAAAAAAGAAAUGGCUUCUGAAGAUUUUCAAACUUGGUUAUCAAAAAUCUUAACUGAUUUAAAUAUCGAUGAAAGUAUUUUUGGAUCUUACAUAAUUGGUAUUUUAGACAGUGACGAGACAUUAGAAGAAAAAUCUGAAGCCUUAGAAGAUUUACUUACAGAGAUUGUGCAAAAUGCUGCCGAUUUGAGGAAAAUUAAAAUGGAUAUGAUGGAAAAAUGGAAUUUGUGCUCAAAAGUUGAAGAUCAACCGAAUUUUGUAUCCGAGGAUGUAGAUACUAAAUUAGCAAAACUUCUCGAAUCUCGAUGUGUGGCUACAACUAAGGUGAAAGAAUAUACAGCUGAAGAAAAAAAAAUAAGGGAAGCAAUAUUAUCACAGUAUAGUCAAAUGAGCGAUGAAGAUGGGGAUGAAAAUGUAACUGUGCAAGUGUCAGGUGAUCUGAAAGAAAAUUUAGAAAAGAACACUAAUGCACAAACAGUAAUUCAUGCUGAAAAACUGAAGAGAGAACAAGCUAAGAUGGAUAGUCAGAAAAAAAAAGAAAAAGAUCGGGAAGACAGAGAAAAACAGAAGCAGCUCAAGGAAGAGAAAAAGGAGAAGAGAAAAACUCAGAAAGGAGAGAGGCGAAGAUAGCUUGCCAUUUCCAUUGUUGAAAGCCAAUUAUUUGUACUUCUUAUGGAAGUUAUAAAGGAGAGAAAUAUUCAAUGCCAAAAAAAAAUUUCUCUUGAAUGUGUGUAAUUACUAAGAUAUCUAAUUACUAAGAUGUCUGAAAACAUACAUCUUAGUAAUUACCAAUAAAUGUAUAUUAUUGUCAGAA